ACACAUCAAACUGAGCUCUUAAAGAGAGAUAAACAGAGUGCCCUUCUCAUCAAUUUGAAGCCUUUCAGCCAUGGAAAUCCUUCUCAGACCUUCUAUUUCUUUGCUGCUACUCUCACUCACCAUUUUCCAUAUUUCAGUGGAGGUCUUAGCCACAACAAUGACAUUGUAUAACAAGUGCAGCCACCCAGUUUGGCCAGGCAUCCAACCGAGUGCUGGCAAACCCAUUCUAGCGCGUGGUGGCUUCAAGCUGCCACCAAACAAGGCUUAUACUCUCCAACUCCCGGCCGGGUGGUCGGGCCGCAUCUGGGGCCGCCACGGCUGUUCUUUUGAUGCCACCGGCCGCGGCCGCUGCGCCACCGGUGAUUGUGGUGGUGCCCUCUUCUGUAAUGGUAUUGGUGGGGCGCCUCCAGCCACCCUUGCUGAGAUCACACUUGGUAAUGACCAGGAUUUCUAUGAUGUCAGCCUUGUUGAUGGGUACAAUCUUGCUAUUUCCAUUACACCCUUCCGAGGCUCAGGGAAAUGUAGCUAUGCCGGGUGCGUGAGCGACCUGAACAUGAUGUGUCCGGUCGGGCUUCAGGUUCGAUCUCACGAUAAAAAGAGGGUGGUGGCUUGCAAGAGUGCUUGUUCUGCAUUCAAUUCGCCAAGAUAUUGUUGCACCGGCAAUUUUGGGAGCCCACAAUCUUGUAAGCCCACUGCAUAUUCAAGAAUUUUCAAGACUGCUUGUCCGAAGGCUUAUUCUUAUGCCUACGAUGAUCCCACCAGCAUUUCCACUUGCACCGGUGGAAGCUAUUUGGUCAUAUUUUGUCCUCAUCACUAGGAUCCUUUUUCUAAUUAUGACUUCUUCUUUUGUUGGGUUUUAGAAUCUUAAAUCUUAAUUAGUAUUAUGGAUCCUUGUAUUGAUGAUUUUGAAUACUAGUUGGUGAUGACUAGAUAUUAGUUGUGUAAUUGGAACAAUGCUAUUUAUCACAUAGACGGUCUUUGUGACAUAGUGGAUUCCCUAAUUCAUUAUUCCAUAGAAUUGUGAUGUAUUUGAAUGCAUUGAAUAAUAAAUCUAGGUUUUCGCUGUCA